AUUCCCUUUAUCAUCUCUCUCUCUCCUUUGUCUUCUUGUGCUUUAUCAAAUCGCCAUGAACGUCGCAAGGAGAUCCUCUUCUGUUCACCUCUAAACACUAAUAAUAUCCGUCAAUCUUGCCAAAACCAUCAUCAACGAUCCCUUCGAUGUCGUCAGUGGAUGAGCCUGGGAAGCAAGUCAGGAGUGCCAUUGUAUCUGCUGCUGAUUCUCCUGAGAAUAAUGAAAAGCCAAUGGAAGAAAAGAGUGGGGUUAAGUUUAAAAUCAUGAGCUUGAAGAUCAAAGCCCCCACGGACUAUAUGCCUGAGCUGGUAUGUGAAUCUCAAAGAGAAGACAAGAUCAUUAGAAUGAGACUUUCUUGUCAUAUAGUGCGUGUGGUAUUCUUGGAUCCCGAGAACCCUAACCCAAUGAUGGAGAAACUGAAGAGUCAAUUAGCUGAAGCGGAUGCUGCAGAUGAAGCAAGGAAGAAAGCACCAGAGGUUACUAGUAGUGAUCCAAAGCCAACUGGUGAAGGACUUGUGAUUGAUGAAUGGAAGCAACGCUGGGAGAGGUAUCUUGCACAGCAACAAGGUGGAGUAGACUUGGCUUGAAACCAGAAAUAUCACAAAGACAAAAAAAAAGCAUGUGUGUGGAUAUGUAAUGUGUGAAGGGAACGGAAAUUGUAUUUAUGGUCAAGUUUAUCCAAAACAAACACUGUUCCUUUGAUCUACUAACGAAAGGUUCUUUCUUUAACACCA